AUGUACUACAGUACUAGAUACAAUGGGUAUGUGUUUGUUCACGCUUCAAGUCCAAUGAACGUAUAUUUGACACUCUGUAUAGCAGCUUGUUACCCAGAGGAUGUGAAGCCACCGCCGCUAGUUUUGAAGGCAGUAACCUGUUUAUCUAGAGUCUUGGCCAAAGAAGAGGAACUUCAGUUUAUCUAUUUAUACCAAGAACAAUUUAGGUUGAUCAUCACCACAGAAAUUAAACAGCACUUUAUCAAUGGUUUAUUGAUUUUACGCUGCUUAAUUUACAAUAGUCUAAUGCGGCUUAAAACUGCUGUGGAACUCUUGAAGGCUACAGAGGAUAUAGAGGCCCUGCUAGAAAAGGUUUCAGCUCCAUUGUUGAUUAUUCAUGGAGCUGCCGAUAAGGUGACGGAUCCUCAGGUGAGCCAGUUCCUAUAUGAGAGGGCCUCUAGCAAAGAUAAAAUAUUGAAACUAAGUGCUGACAAGCUAACAGUAACUGCUGAAAAGCUUGCAGCUCCCUUACAUGCUUAA